AAUUGAGGUCCUUUUGUUUUUUGUUUCGUUCUAAAAUCCCAUAAACCCUCCCAGACCUGGGAGUGAAGUGGCUCCAUUAAAUACAGAAAAAUAUAAAUAUUCGUAUGAUUCUCCAGAUCUGUUCAUCCACCUUAGGUUGAAUUCAUCGCCGAGCAUCAGAUCCGAAAUGUCGAUCGGAGAUGCUUUUCUAUGCUUACUAUUCAUAGCAACUUGUUCGAUUUCAGCUGCUUCUGCUGAUUCCAUCUAUGGCUGCGGUGGAUUUGUCGAGGCGAGCUCAUCGUUGGUGAAGUCGAGGAAACAAACUGAUGUCAAAUUGGACUAUUCCGAUGUCACGGUUGAGCUUCAAACUGUGGAUGGACUGGUAAAGGAUAGAACACAAUGUGCUCCAAAUGGAUACUAUUUUAUUCCAGUAUAUGACAAGGGUUCCUUUGUAAUUAAAAUUAAUGGACCUCCAGGAUGGACAUGGGAUCCAGAAAAGGUUCCUGUGGUGGUUGACAAUAAUGGUUGCAAUGGCAAUGAAGAUAUAAACUUCCGUUUCACAGGGUUCACUAUAUCUGGUAGAGUUGUGGGAGCUGUUGGGGGAGAAAGUUGUUCAGUUAAAAAUGGAGGUCCUUCAAAUGUAAAAGUUGAACUUUUGUCCCUUUCGGGGGAUCUUGUCUCUUCAGUCUUAACUUCAUCGUCAGGGAGUUACUUGUUUACAAAUAUAAUUCCAGGAAAAUAUGAACUACGCGCUUCAAAUCCUGAUAUGAAAGUUGAAGUUAAAGGUUCAACACAGGUUGAAUUGGGCUUUGGAAAUGGGGUAGUUGAUGAUAUUUUCUUUGUCCCUGGGUAUAGUAUCAGUGGAUUUGUUGUUGCUCAGGGAAAUCCAAUAUUAGGAGUUUAUAUUUUCUUACAUUCAGAUGAUGUUUCUGAAGUAGAGUGUUUGAAAGGUUCUGCUAAUGGUCCACGACAAGGAGUAGCUCUCUGUCAUGCUGUAUCAGAUGCUGAUGGGAAGUUCACAUUCAAUUCAAUACCUUGUGGAAGUUAUGAACUUGUGCCCUACUAUAAGGGUGAAAAUACAGUAUUUGAUGUUUCGCCACCCAGCGUCUCAGUUAAUGUUAAGCACCAGCAUGCAACAGUGCCUCAAAAGUUUCAGGUAACUGGAUUUUCUGUUGGAGGCCGUGUAGUUGAUGGAAAUGGCAUGGGAGUGGAGGGGGUCAAAAUCAUAGUUGAUGGUCAUGUAAGGUCUAUUGCUGACAAUCAAGGAUAUUACAAGCUUGAUCAGGUUACAUCCACGCACUAUACCAUAGAGGCCCAAAAGGAGCAUUACAAAUUCAAGAAAUUGGAGAAUUAUAUGGUAUUGCCAAAUAUGGCUUCAAUAGAAGACAUCAAUGCCAUUUCAUACAAUCUUUGUGGUUUGGUUAGGAUGGCUAGUGGUGGUCUGAAAGCGAAGGUGGCUUUGACUCAUGGACCUGAUAAUGUGAAACCACAAAAGAAGCAAACAGAUGAAAAUGGAAACUUCUGCUUUGAGGUUCCUCCUGGUGAAUAUCGCUUGUCAGCCAUUGCUGCUACUCCUGAGAAUGGUGCUGGACUCAUGUUUGCUCCAUCUUAUAUUGAUGUUGUGGUCAAAAGUCCCCUGUUGAAUAUUGAAUUUUCACAAGCUUUGGUCAAUAUUCAUGGUGCUGUAUCCUGCAAGGAGAAAUGUGGCCCAUUUGUAUCCGUUACUCUGGUGAGACAGGUUGAUAAACACAAUGAAGAGAGAAAGACAAUUAGCUUGACCACCGAGAGUAGUGAAUUUCUGUUUUCAGAUGUUAUUCCUGGAAAAUACAGCCUUGAGGUCAAACAUAGUUCCCCUGAAUCAGUGACCUUGGAAGAUAAUUGGUGCUGGGAACAGAGCUUCAUAGAUGUAAAUGUUGGUGCUGAGGACUUAGAAGGAAUCCUUUUUGUUCAAAAAGGCUACUGGGUCAAUAUUAUCUCCACUCACAAUGUUGAUGGUUACCUGACUCAACCCGAUGGGUCAAAUGUGAAUUUUAAAAUUCAGAAAGGUUCUCAGCAUAUAUGUGUAGAACAACCUGGCGUACAUGAAUUUCAUUUUGUUGACUCGUGUAUCUUCUUUGGGAGUUCAUCAGUGAAAAUUAAUACAUCUGAUCAAUCACCCAUCCAUCUAACAGGAGAGAAGUAUCUUCUCAAUGGACAAAUAAAUGUGCAGUCUGGCUCACUUGAUGCAUUGCCUGAUAGUAUAGUUGUUGAUAUUAAACAUGAUAGAACUGGUGUUAUUGAUUAUGCUACAGCCAUACUUAAGUCCCAUGUGAAAGAUGAAACGGGGGCUGCUAUAUUUGAGUAUUCCGUUUGGGCCAAUCUAGGAGAAAAGCUUACCUUUGUUCCUCAGGACUCAAGGAGUGAUGGGCAGAAGAAACUUUUAUUUUAUCCUAGAGAACAUCAAGUAUCAGUCACAGAUGAUAAUUGUCAAGUUUAUAUUCCUACAUUUUCUUGUCAACUGGGUGCAUAUAUUGAAGGAUCAGUUUCACCUCCUCUUUCUGGCGUCCAUAUCAGAAUUUUUGCUGCUGGAGACAGCAGCAUUAGUACACUUAAAAGUGGUGAAUUGGUUCUUGAAACGACCACUGGUACUGAUGGUUCCUUUGUGGCAGGUCCUCUGUACAAUGAUAUUGGUUACAAUGUUGAGGCUUCAAAGCCUGGAUAUCAUUUAAAACAAGUUGCACCUCAUUCCUUUACUUGUCAGAAGCUUAGUCAAAUUUCAGUACACAUACAUCACAAAGAUGAUGCUAAAGAGCCCAUUCCUUCUGUUCUGUUGUCUUUGAGUGGUGACAAUGGUUAUAGAAACAACUCAGUAUCAGGAGCUGGAGGGACAUUCCUGUUUGACAAUUUGUUUCCUGGAAUGUUUUAUUUGCGUCCUGUUUUGAAGGAGUAUGCUUUCUCACCUCCAGCACAGGCAAUAGAGCUUGGAGCAGGGGAGUUCAAAGAAGUAGUUUUCCGGGCCACACGUGUAGCCUACAGUGCUACAGGUAUAGUCACUCUCUUGUCUGGUCAACCCAAAGGAGAAGUUUCGGUUGAAGCAAGGUCAGAGUCAAAAGGCUAUUUUGAGGAAACUGUGACAGAUUCUUCUGGAAAUUAUCGUCUGAGAGGACUACUGCCUGAUACUGACUAUGUUGUUAAAGUGGCUAAAAGGGACGUGGGCAGUUCUAAUAUAGAGCGUGCAUCUCCAGAUUCUAUUGCUGUCAAGGUUGGAACUGAGGAUAUCAAGGGAUUGGAUUUUAUAGUUUUUGAGGAGCCGGAAAUGACAAUUAUAAGUUGCCACGUUGAAGGAAAUGGUACAGAUGAACUACGUAAACACCUGAUGGUAGAAAUCAGGUCAGCUAGUGACCUAAACAAGAUAGAGUCAGUCUUCCCCCUACCAAUUUCAAACUUCUUCCAAGUGAAGGGCUUAUCAAAGGGCAGACACCUUCUAAAGCUUCAAUCUGGUCUCCCAUCAAGCUCACUUAAAUUUGAAUCUGAUCUCAUUGAGGUCGACUUGGAGAAAAAUGUUCAGAUCCAUGUUGGCCCACUGAGAUACUGGAUUGAAGAUCAGCUGAAGCAGGAGCUGACUCCGGCACCAGUAUUCCCUCUUAUAGUUGCAUUUCUAGUUGUUGCACUAUUUCUUAGCAUGCCAAGAUUGAAGGAUUUGUAUCAAGCCACGGUAGACAUACCCACACCAGGACUCACUGCGGUUUCAAGAAAAGACGUGAAGAAGCCGAUGUUGCGAAAGAAGACUUAUUAAAUCUCCUUUCCAACCAUAGGAGUCAUACGGUAGUAUAACUGCUCUUGAGAGUCUUAGUUGAGUUACUUUGAUAGCUUUCACGUUCUCUGAUAGGUUUGGAUGUUUUUCUUUAUUUAUCUGGUGGGGCAAAAUGCAAGAUAGGAUGUAAUUAAUAAUUGUUCCUUCAUUGUUGGUAUAAUAUGGUUUUACUUUUUGGCUGAGGAGAAAACGUGAAUAGAAGCAAUAUGUAUUUGUUGCUUCUGAAUUUUUGUUUUAUUUUGUUUUUUUGCAGCCAAAUGUAUUGAGCUUGAACGUUUUGACCCUAUUUGGAAGUGCCUGAUUUGUUUAUCAUACAACGAAA